ACAAACUUGAGAACGAAGAAGAAGAAGGAAAAGGAAGAAAAAGAGCUAGCUAGCUAGCUUCGUUAGCUUCCUCCUGCUGUCUUUAGUGUUGUGAUAAUGGCGCCUUUAGACCUCGAUAAGUACGUUGACAUAGCAAGACACUGCAAAUACCUCCCGGAGAAUGAUCUAAAGAGAUUGUGCGAUUAUGUUUGUGAUUUACUCCUGGAAGAAUCAAAUGUUCAGCCAGUUACAACUCCAGUUACUGUUUGUGGAGAUAUUCAUGGUCAGUUUUAUGAUCUUUGCGAGCUCUUCAGAACUGGAGGCCAGGUCCCAGACACAAACUACAUUUUCAUGGGCGACUUUGUGGACAGAGGAUAUUAUAGCUUGGAGACUUUUACACACCUGCUCGCUCUAAAAGCAAAGUGGCCCGACCGCAUCACACUUCUACGUGGAAACCACGAGAGCAGACAAAUAACUCAAGUGUACGGCUUUUAUGAUGAGUGCCAAACAAAAUAUGGAAACGCAAACGCCUGGCGGUACUGCACUAAGGUGUUCGACAUGCUGACGGUGGCCGCUCUGAUUGAUGAGCAGGUGCUGUGUGUUCAUGGUGGACUUUCACCCGACAUCAAGACUUUGGAUCAGAUCCGCACAAUCGAGCGCAAUCAGGAGAUUCCCCACAAGGGGGCCUUCUGUGAUCUGGUGUGGUCCGACCCUGAGGACGUGGACACCUGGGCCAUCAGUCCCCGAGGGGCGGGCUGGCUGUUUGGCUCCAAGGUUACUAACGAGUUUGUCCACAUCAACAACCUGAAGCUCAUCUGCCGCGCUCACCAGCUCGUCCAUGAAGGCUAUAAGUUCAUGUUCGACGAGAAGCUGGUGACCGUGUGGUCGGCGCCAAACUACUGCUACCGCUGCGGCAACAUCGCCUCCAUCAUGGUCUUCAAGGACGUCAACAGACGAGAGCCAAAGCUGUUCCGCGCCGUCCCCGACUCUGAGCGCGUCAUACCUCCCAGAACGACCACGCCGUACUUCCUCUAAUGACCUUGAGGCGGUUCUCGUUCGUCUCCGGCGCCUGGAGACCUCAAGCUUAUUUAUAUGCAACAUGUUUUAAUAAAGUCAUGGGAGUGACGUCCCCUUCAGGUGACACACGGAUCCUCUGCCAUGUUUGAUCUGUCAUGAUGAAAACACUUCUCCUCUUCCUCCCCCCGCUCUGAAAAUGAGAUGUCUUCGUAUUUUAUCAGAAACGAAAUGAUCGUUUAAUCCCAGAGGCGAUUAAAAACAUGAAUCGGCAAUAAUACACGAGCAGAUGAAGUGAUGUAUAUUUUUCUUUUAAGUGUCAUGGUAGCAGUGAAAGUUUCCUCCUCUCAGAUAAGAUCAUUUCAAAUAAAGGAAAUCAACUCUUGGAAUAAUUUUCUCCUGUGAAACAACAACAGCUGCUGAGCCCCUCCUCUCUGCCUUAACUGCUGCUUUGAUUUCAUUUUUAACCCUUUCAUAAUUUAUUGUUUUUAAAAAGUGUCUUCUAUCACAGCUGAUGUUUAGACUUUUCAUGACAAAGGUCCAAAUGUCGGCCAUCAACCGGUUUCCAUCCUCUCGUGAUAUGGUGAUGAGUUGUGGCUCUCUAAGCGAUAUUGUUUCACUUUAAAAACACUGUUUUACCGUGUAAGUGCAUUCUUCCUCUCUCUCUUGAAUAACUGCUCGGUUGUAUUUGUAUCAGAGAAUUGUUCUAUGUGGCUUUCCUCUGUUUUGUAAUUCAAUAAAACAUUAUUCAUGAAUCAUC